CUUUCAUCUGUCUCUCUACGCGAAGCGGUCCCGAGCAAAGUUAGAGAGAGAAAUCCUCCGAGAAGACCGAAGAGAGAAAAAAAAAGAAAGAAAGAAAGAUGAGGUUGUUCGAUCCAUGGCCAGUGUUCUUCAAGAGAGAAUGGAAACGUUGUUGGCCGUUUCUCACUGGAUUCGCCGUCACUGGCGUCCUCAUCACCAAGCUCACGGCUGGAUUCACUGAGGAAGACGCCAAGAACUCCAAGUUUGUCCAACAACACAGGCGGUAA